CUAGCUCACAUUAGCAAAUCAAGCACACCUGUUUACAACGAAGAAGAAGGAGAAUUCACACGAACUGUUCAAAUGCUGAGAACCAUUUCUCUCUCACGGAGUACUCUGAGGUCCUUCUCCCAAACCCGCACCCAUUUGUGUUCAAACCCAAGCCAAACCCCAUCUCCACCUUCAACCCCUUCAAUUUUGAUUUCCUACUCUUUUUACUCGACAUCAUCGAAGCAAGAAAAGGAGGACAAAAACGACGUCGCGUCGGUUUUCAACAUGGACCCAACAGUCCCUCCCAAGCUCUUCGUGGUCCAGCCUCGUCUUCGCCCCGAUAACUACUUGCAGGCCAAGCUCAACGAGGCUCUCUGCCUCGCCAACUCUCUUGAAGAACAGCGAGAUGGGUACUUCGAUGUCGAUUUUUUCGAUAAGGAAAUACCUCCCCACAUUGUUGUUCAAAACCCAAUUGUUAGACACCAAACUCGAGCAGAUACAUAUUUUGGCAAAGGGACUUUGGAAGUUGUUAAAUGCCAUCUAAAUGCACUGGAAGAAAAGGGUGAAGUGGAUGCUAUAUUUGUGAAUACAAUUCUGUCGGGGAUUCAGCAGAGGAAUUUGGAGCAAAUUUUGGGUAAACCAGUCUUGGACCGUGUGGGUCUUAUAAUAGAGAUAUUCAAUGCUCAUGCCUGCACAAAGGAGGGCAAGCUGCAGGCUGAAUUAGCAGCUCUAAUGUAUAAGAAAACAAGACUUGUACGACUGCGUGGCAAAAGUGGACGCUCAACUUUUGGAACGGAUGGAGAAGCUGAAGUUGUUAGUGCCCGAGGGAGAGGAAGUGGGGGACGUGGCUUCAUUAGUGGUGCAGGAGAAACUGAACUUCAGCUUCAACGACGAAGAAUUUCAGAACGGAGGAGUAGUCUGUUACUGCAAAUUCAAGAGGUUCGACGAACUCGAGCUGUGCAACGUGCUGGUCGGAAGAAUCGUGGAGGCUCUUAUGGUCAAGGUUUACCUACUGUUGCUGUUGUUGGGUAUACAAAUGCUGGGAAAUCUACAUUAGUUAGUGCCCUCUCAAAUAGCGAUCUUUACAGUGAUUCUCGAUUGUUCGCUACGGUUGAUCCUAAAUUGAGGAGUGUUUUUCUUCCUUCAGGGAAGAAAGUGCUUGUAAGUGACACAGUAGGAUUUAUAUCAGAUUUGCCAGUGCAGUUAGUGGAAGCAUUUCAUGCAACUCUAGAAGAAGUUGUGGAAGCUGAUCUCCUUGUGCAUGUGUUGGAUUGUACUGCUCCCAAUCUAAAUGAGCACCGGUCGACUGUAUUCCAAGUUCUUGAUCAAAUCGGUGUAUCAAAGGAAAAACUUGAAAACAUGAUUGAAGUUUGGAAUAAGAUUGACUAUCAGGAGGAGGGCAUGGAUUUUGAUGAGUGUGUCGAUGACAUUGCAGAUGGUGAGGCUAGCAGUUUCUCAGGAGAAAGAGAUGAUAUGGAUUCUGAGCUCUCAUCAGGAGCCGAAAACGAUGAGGCUUUUGAAGCUAUUGAUGACCAAGAUGGUGAUUACUCUGACGGUUGGUUGGCAUCAGAAGAUGUCGAAGAUCCUUGGGGUGAAGGUGGGUCCUGUACGGGCUUGAAGACUACAGACGACCAACAAAGCGAGUGUCCAAAGGACUGGACAACAGAAAAGCAGUUGCAAUUACAAGUUCAGUCUGGUCCACAUGUUAGAACAUCUGCUUUAAUGGGAGUUGGGUUGCAAGAGUUGUUGGAACUCAUUGAUGAGAAGCUGAAGGAGGCCCCAAAGGCAAAUGUUGUGGAAAGGGAUCCAUUUGAUCGAAAAUGGAGGCCUCCUCGGACAGAGGAGGCUGGCGUAGCAGUUGAACAAUGAUAAAUGUGAAUAUACAUUUUGUUCAUGUAUGCUGUCAUCGAGCAGCGCCAUAGGAUAUAUGGUUGGAAUUCCCAGGGUCAUCGACAAUUAUAGAGGAGCUCUUCGAAAGCAGUGUUGGCCUGGCAAAAUGUUCAGACAGUACUCUGAAGGUAUUCAAGCACCUUGAGUUGGCUGUUUUCUCUUUUUGGAAAAGAUUAGGCCGUAGUACUUAGGCGGAUGAUUUUUAUAGCAAAAACUCUUGUACCCACUUCUUAAUUAUAAAAACCAAAAAACAAAACGUGCCGACUCUGGGAUAGUAUUGUAUAAAACAAAUGAAACACUGU